AACAUGAGUCUCUCCGUGCAAUUCUUCAUUACGUCUGCGCUGAGCAUACACUUGAGGUUUUUGUUCCCCGAUUAACUUUGAAUUUCAUUUUCUUCCCUGCUCGGAUCAACCCAAAAGAAAAGAGGAAAUUCGACUUCUUCAUCUCACUUUUGUUUAUUGCUAAAUCAUUUCCUUCUCACCCGCCAUGCUUCUUGCACACGCAAAGGUGUCGGCCUUGCUGCUUCUGGCAGCUGGACAUGAUACGACUACGGCACUUGCUGUGGAGCGGGUGCGCUACUCGCCGGUCAAGUGCGCGGUGCGCGGCUCCACCGUGACGUUGUGGUGCUCCUUCACCGCCAUCAUGCCAGUGGUUCGGGUGGUGUGGUGCGUCAAUCACCUCAUUUGUCAAAGAACCACGCCGUCCGUGUACGACAGCAACAAGCCCAACGAGAACUUGCGCUUCGUGUACUUGGGGGACCACGAGAACAACUGCACGCUGCAGAUCCGCCAAAUCAUCAGCGAAGACAACACCACCUUCCGAUUCCGGAUGGAAGCCGGAAACACAAAAGGACAUUUCACCGGCCAAACGGGCGUGACCGUCAGCGUUCUCGAUGCCGAGCCGAUGAGGGUGCAGAGCUCCGCCCCCGGUCCCAUGAGCGUGGGCGCCGCCGUGACGUUGAGCUGCACGUCCCGUUGCUCCUUCCACGAUCUGGACGUGCGCUGGCAUAAAGACGGGCAACCCCUGCCGGAGUCCGGCCCCACCCUCAGGCUGACGGCCGAACGGUCGGCCAACUACACUUGCAACCUGGCCCUCCUUCCAAAUACCAUGUCGCCACCCUUUAGGCUGAACGUGGCAGAACUGCGCACAGGUGGACAUUUUGUUUUGACGCUCAGCGUCUCCUUGGGCCUACUGAUGGCGCUGCUCCUCACCGUUGCCAUCGUCUUGUUCCUCAACAAACGCAGGAAGCGUCGGCAGGCGUCUCCUCACGAUGGCAAACGAGUCAACAAGGAGCGUGAGAAGUGUGAACAGGUGUACGGUAACACGCAACCAGGUGGUGACCGAGGCGGUCCAGAUGCAGAGGAAGCGGGCCGGAGUGCAGACGAAGUCAGUUAUGCCGCUGUACAGUUCAAAGCAAAGGCCGUCAACAGGCCGGUGGAAACCAAGGAGGACGUGGUCUACGCGUCAAUAGCGCGUCUGUCCCCGUGAACGCUCAGCAGAAGGAAGCCACGUUGACCCAUGUGGCGUCACACGCACGCCCCAAGUGAUGUCGCACUUUCUCACGUUUCAAUAAAGUCGGAGCAAACGCCA